AGCCACCCACGCCGUCUUUGAGGUGAAGCUCGCAAACACCAUAGGCAUCCUUAAAAUCCUCAAGACAAGAUGACAAAAGGUACCACCUCGUUUGGUAAGCGGCACACCAAGUCGCACACCCUCUGCCGGAGGUGUGGUAACCGCUCUUUCCACAAGCAGCACAAGGAAUGCGCGCAAUGUGGUUACCCCCGUGCUAAGCUGCGGUCGUACAACUGGGGUGAGAAGGCCAAGCGCCGAAAGACCACUGGUACUGGCAGGAUGCGUUACCUCAAGGAGGUCUCCAGGCGGUUCAAGAACGGGUUCCGGGAGAACACCACUGCCGUGAAGCGAACCAAGAAGACGACCGCCGAGGCAUGAUUGAAGUUCACUGCAUCCACACUUUCUCCAUUGGUGUCGAGGUGGUGGUCAUCCCCUUACCACUUUUUUUUUGCAUCUCCAUGUAUAUGCUGCACAUUACCCCACCCUCGAUCUGUAUACUCAGGCACGACGAGCGCACGUCCGUCC